CAAGAAGUCGCCGAAGAUGAAGGAGGAAAUGCUGCGGGCGCUGCAGCGCGUCGCCGACAUGCUGGUGGGCAACUUCACGGUCUCGUUCCAGAACGAGCUGCGCUUCAUGGCCGAGGCGGCGGGAUCUUCGUGCGCCACCGCCAUGAAGGCGCAGGGCGUGCCCAUGGCGCAAGCGGUCAAGCACACGGCGGGUGCGGUGGCACGCCUAUGAUACUCGAGUCCAAGCAGACACAUGACGGACUCUGCCCGAAGCGGGCGCACACAAGCAAGAUAAACCUCGCGAAUCGCUGAAUAAUGUACUACUACUAGGGAGCAAACGGCAACGCCAAUACAUCAGGGGAUACCAUCCCACACACGC